AAAUAUAGGUCCGAACGUAAUUUUCGGAGGCUCAUUCGUCGUUCGUCGCGCAACGCGUUAAAGUCUGCUGCUACUACUAAUACAAAACACAAACCGAGAAGUUCGUCAAGAUGACCGGUCGCGGUAAAGGAGGCAAAGGUCUUGGAAAGGGGGGCGCUAAACGUCACAGGAAGGUGUUGCGUGAUAACAUCCAGGGCAUCACGAAACCGGCUAUCCGUCGUUUGGCUCGCAGAGGUGGAGUGAAACGUAUCUCCGGUCUUAUAUACGAAGAGNUGAUGUUGUUUCGUGGAAUCGACAAUUUAUCAGGAAAAUUCAGUAGAGGUCUCGGUCCCAUGGCUAGAAGAGAAAUAAUAUCUUCAACGUUACCUUUGUUUAGCCUACUGAUGUAUUUUAAACUAGUUCCUAUAGACUGUCCCGGUCACCGAGGGGCCGACCAGUAA